GAUAAGUCGCGGUGCAUUCGGCAAAGUGUUUCUUGCACAUAAAAAAAAUAAUAAAGACCAAGUUUAUGCCAUCAAAGUUAUGAAGAAGUCGGACAUGAUCAAUAAGAAUAUGGUGACUCAGGUGGUGACCGAGAGAAACGCAUUGGCACUGUCGAGAAGUCCUUUCUGUGUACAUUUGUUCUACUCCCUGCAAUCGCUGUCAUCUGUUUAUUUAGUAAUGGAGUACAUGGUGGGAGGUGACUUAAAAUCUUUAUUAGGAGUGUAUGGGUAUUUAGAAGAGCCUAUGGCAGUAUUUUAUGCCGCUGAAGUCACUUUAGCUCUGGACUAUUUACACAAACACAAUAUUGUGCACAGAGAUUUGAAGCCAGACAAUAUGUUAAUUGCAAGGAAUGGUCAUGUCAAACUGACCGAUUUUGGUCUGUCUAAAAUUGAAGUUCACAGAGACUUAGAGAUCUCAGACUUUGUGAACCGCACUCCAAGUCUCAACCUGCGGACCCCUGGCCAACUCUUGUCAUUAACAUCACACCUAUCAUUUGGUUCAGGAGGAAGAGAGACUACAUACCAUUCUGAUGGGUCUAUAGAACCUUGUAAAAUGUUUUCACCCUCUAUGGAACAUUCUCAAUUAUCUGGAGUACAUCCUUUUAUGAGCUGUGAUAGUAUCAUAAUUCCUAAUAUAUCUCAAUCUCACGACUCAGGAUCAGAUUCUCUACUCUCAUACCACACAUGUGAGAGCUCUGCAAGCAGUUCCAGUGAUAAUUCUAAGAGCAAAUCGUCAAACGAGAGCAGUAAUCAUGGAUCGUCAUUGGAAGAGUCUGCUGUGUCGUUGGGACAAGAUCACUCCACUUCACCCCUUUGUAGGGGACAAUCCUUGAAGAGGGUGCCUAGUUUCCGGGCCAAAAAAAGGAAAAGGAUAUUAGAUAACGACGGUGACACACCAACUGGAGUAACAAGCUUGGUAGAGGCAAAGGAAAACCGUAGCGGGCUAACGCAGGAGAUUUUAGCUUUAGAGCUCAGUCAGAAUACCCCUAAGAGGAUGUCCUUACAUCCUACACCUGAUAAACGGAAGAAUCCAGUCAAAGGAGUGUUGAAAAAGAGGUGGGUAUCCCAAGACGACAGUCACCACUUCAACGUCGGAGUAAUAUUUUCCACGCCAGUGUCAAACAACAAAAGCAAGGAUAACAAGAAAACAAAAGAAACUCGUUUCAAUCUUCCAAAAGACGACUUACCGUCAAGUUUUAAGGAGAAGUCGAUAGCGUUCAGCAAACAUAUCUCUACUAGCUUGGAGAUAUUUCCUUCUAGGAGAGUCAGUGUGGACGAAAGAAACAAAUCUCCCACAGAUCAGUGUAAAACUCCUCUUGCCACUGCGCACACGCCCUAUCGAACGCCAAAGAGUGUGAGGAGAGGUAACCUCGUUUCAGAGCAGAGGAUUCUUGGUACUCCUGAUUAUUUGGCACCUGAAUUACUUAUGAAACAAGGCCACGGCUGUCCAGUGGAUUGGUGGGCGUUAGGUGUGUGUAUGUACGAGUUCAUGACGGGAGUCCCGCCUUUUAAUGAUGAGACACCACAAGCUGUGUUUAAAAACAUUCUAUCUCGAAACAUAGAAUGGCCAGAAGGUGAAGAGGCGUUAUCACAAGAGGCAGUAAGUGCAAUUGAAACUCUUCUUACGAUGGAUCCCAAGGACCGACCGGCGGCAGUCGCUGUAAAGCAAAUGCCCCUAUUCAAAAAUGUUGAUUGGGAGAACCAGCUGAACACAGAACCCCCCUUCACGCCUACUCCUGAUGAUCUGCAUGAUACAGGAUAUUUUCAAGCUCGGAAUAUUCUUCAACAACUGCAUGUGUCCAACUUCGAUAUAUGACAAGGCAGUUUCAGGUACGGCGAGUAGAAAAACACUUGGUAGCAUAAUAAUUCAAUAAUAGAUACUAUGUGAUAAUGAUAACACCACGUAAUUAGUGUUUAAAAUAAUUGAUCAGAGUAUUGCCAUUAGAUGGUAAAACGCGUUAAGAGUACCUAUAGAAUUUUAAGCUAAAACUGGUAUAAGUAACAUAUUUAUGUGGAGGAUAGUACCUCAGAUAUUAUAAUGACCAAAGCAGUUACUCGAUCCCCGUGGUCGCGUGUCUUGUGCACUGGUUUUCAUGGUGUUGCCAUCUCCGAGGUCCCGGGUUCGAUAGCUGGCCGGGUCAAUGUAGAAAAACUAACUUUUCUAAAUUGUCUUGGGUACCGUCGUUAUAUCCGAUUUCCAUAACACAAGUGCUUUAGUUACUUUGGGAUCAGACGUAUGAUAUUUAUUUAGUUACUAUAAAAAUAAACAAAAAAAAGUUAAUUCUCGAUUAAAUAUUCCAAGUUUCUGAAGUGUUCAGUCAUGUAAUAUAGAUUUCAUAAGCGAUUAUUGAGAUAUUAUAAAUGAACAGUAUUUUGCCUUAACACACGCCAUUUUUCUUAAUCUUACCGCAAAAUAGUGCUUACAUCGGAGUGUAACGAAUAUACUUCGUAUUUAGCUGGGUGGACACAUGGGGAGGGUUAACAAACUUGAUUUUAUCAAAAUCUGUACUUUGCGGAUACGGGGUGCAUAUUUCACAGCUUAAAUGUUUCACAAAAUAAAGAAAGGUUACACAAUAAAGAAAUCUAUAACACCAGUCAACAUUUGUGUUUACCGGGUUUUAAUGGACAUACUAAGCGAAAACGUUUAUUUUUUGUAUUGCUAUUAUACGAAACGUUCAGAUUUAAGUUCCUGCGUUUUGCCAUCUGACGGCAGAUUAGGUUUCAUUAUGGCACAGCGCAAACGUGUCUUGUGUUGGAAGCAAGCAACCGUCAGCUAGAAGCGAAUAUUCUAUUUUCAUACAAAUUGUGGUCAAAAGACCACUGUGUUCGGUUGCCGCAACUGACAACUAUGACCGAUUGCCGCAACAUACGACUGUGUCCGGUUGCCGCAAUCGACGAUAUAAAAAUAGAAUAUUCGCUUCUAAUUGCCGGUUGUAUCCAAUAAAUACACGCGUUUGCGCGGUGCCUAUAAAUAGCGUUACAAAGUUGUUAGGUCCCAAGAGGUCGCAAACAACAAUGCGAUGAAUCAUGGUAAAGGGUAAUUGCCGAAUGUCUGCAUGUGGCCUCUUAUUAAAAUGUAAGUAUUAACGUUUAUAAUUUGUUUCCUUUGAAUACUUACAAUUAUGUAACGUUAAGACUGAGAGAGCUUCGUGAUAAUGUUUUAGAUAGUUGUUGUUGAGAUGUGUUUGUUAUGUAAUUAAUUGAUGUAUUUUAUCCAUAUAUUGUAUAGUUACACUUUAAUUGUAUUUAA